AUGAGCCUUCCCUUUCAGGAUCACCUCGCGGUCACCCCAUUUCGAAGGCCCGAUAUCACAGCGCGGACCUUACUCCGGAGAGACUUGGCAAUUUGGUUUGCACAAGCUAACAACGUUAUAUUCAACGUGGGAUAUAUUAUCAGAGGUCCUCGUCCGCCAGUUCUAACUCUUUUCCUACGUUCCUCUGGUUGUUCAAAGCCGAUAUUCGCCGUGAUGAGGAGGGUUCAACUUGUACUUGAUACUUUAAGGGCUGGAAGGUGUGUCUCCAGGAGACAUCUGCCUGAGCAUCAUACCCUACACCGUGGAUUCGCGACCAAAGUCGCCCCAGGUAUACCUUGUGUGGUGGCUCGCGAGAUGCUCGACUCCCAGCGACGUUCCCAUAUGGGGGACAUCCACCAUCAUCUCCAAGCCAGCGGCGCUCUCAAGAUUGGUCUUCAAUUUCCCGAUGACGAAAGCCGAUACCUGGAACGCUUGAUACUUAGUCUUUGCGCUCAUCACGGGCAUGGACCUCCUACAACCCACAGCGCUUCCCGAGGUUGGUUCUGGGAAGUUCGCCCCAGUCCUACUGGACUAGAGACGCAAUUGCCUCUCGCGCGAUCAGAAACCAUGCAAGGGUUUUCGUGGCACACAGACUGUACCUAUGAGAGCGCACCCCCGAGAUACGUUGCACUUCAGGUUCUCCGGCCUGAUCGCUAUGGCGGGGGUACCCUGUCUCUCAUGAAAAUCGCUGAUCUCUCACAUCACCUGUCCCCGGCUGUACUGAAAGCUCUAUUCGAACCGCAGUUCAGAAUCACUAUUCCUCCUGAGUUUGUUAAACAGCCUGAUGAACACCACAUCCAAGGAAGCAUUCUUGGGGUAGACCAGAUUGAUCAAUCGCUGGUAAUGAGGUUUCGAGAGGACCUGAUAGAGCCAACGAACCCCAAGGCUGCGGCAGCAUUACAGGAGCUGAAGGUUGCCUUGAACCAGUUGGCGAAAAGUCCUCAGUCAACGGUAUACCUGACGAAGACAGACUUACCCGAACAGUCAAUUAUCAUACUGGACAACCACAGAUGGCUUCAUGGGCGGGAUGGCAUCAAAGAUCCUGCAAGGCAUUUGCGUCGAGUGCGAUGGAAUGCAAUGCCGUUCCCUUCCGUCGGUCAGGGUGACACGGCGGGCUCUAUAGGAAGGGCGGCCUAA